AUGAAGACCCUCCCCCUUGCCCUUCUUGCAGGUGCCUCAUCGGCCCUCGCGGUCCCCCACCAGCACACCUCCUAUCCAAAAGCAUCACCCAAAUACCUCAUCUCCUUCGGCGACUCCUACACGUCAACAAGCUUCAACAUAACCGGCGAGAAACCCUCCGCGGCUAACCCCCUCGGCAACCCCCCCUUCCCCGGCUGGACAUCCGCCGGCGGCGCAAACUGGAUCGGCCAGCUCGUCGGAACAUACAAUGACUCGUUGCUCUUGAACUAUAACCUCGCUUACGGCGGCGCGACGGUCAACGCGUCCCUUGUUGCGCCGUAUACACCCGAGGUAUACUCGCUUAUUGACCAGGUGGCCGAGUUCAACGAGUACUUGAGUCCGCCGCCAGACUAUGCGCCUUGGACUGCGGAGAACACGCUCUUUGCGAUCUGGGAGGGCGUCAACGAUGUCGGCGGAUCCUGGUACCAGCCGAACCCCGACGCCCUGGCGACCGAGAUCCUCCGCCAGCUCUUCGAGCAGAUCGAGCUGAUCUACGACGGCGGUGCGCGGAAUUUCGCCCUCCUCACUGUCCCCCCAACGGACCGCUCCCCCUACAUCACGCAAGGCCAGAACGCAGAGUACACAGUAACGCACCUAAAGGCCGCAAUCGCGUCCUGGAACACGCAGUUCAACGAGAAAGCGAGCGCCUUUGCAGCCGCUCACGCCGAUGCCGUCGUCAAGGUCAUCGACACCCAGCCUGUGUUUAAUGAGCUCCUUGAUGCGGGCGGCGACGCGGCGGACUGCUAUAAUGCGGACGGGGUCACUUGUCUCUGGUUUAACGAUUAUCAUCCCGGCCUUGCGAUUCAGGAUGCGGUUGCGCAGGCGGUUGCGGAGGCUUGGGGGUGUUUCUUUACCUAG